GGGAGGUGGCCACCUCAUCAGUUCUCUCGCAGGCCUCGGAGUGAGCACACAGGACUCAGAGGGCUUCCGGCAGGGUUUGGAUCUUGCAGGGAAAGGGGUCUGAAGGAAGGGUGGGAGCUGGCUUCUGGGAGUGGUUUGCAGAGGAAUAAUGAACCCUAACCCGUUCAAGGCGGGACAGCUAGCAGCUCACUGGCACAGCCCCUGCAGUUUGCUCCGUGUUCAAGGUCUAACAUGUUUACCUUAGCAAAUCGCUCAAAAAACUCCAUUUGGAAGAGUUCCGAGCUUUAAUUUGUUGAAUAUACUUGCAGAAGGUAGAUGAGGGGACAGAUUAAGCCUUAUUAUCUCCUUCGGAUGAGAAAUACUUGAGCUCUGAUCAGCUUUGCGAACUAGAGAGGGGAAUUAAUUUUAAUUGAAUGCAAGUAUUAGCUCUAUCUGUUGUUCCUCUCUGGACCAACAACAACAAAAACCAAAAACAAAAGUUCAUCUUUUAUUUCCUGAACACUGCUGAUUUGAAUAAAGACAGUGGACCAUGGUUAUUGCUGUGUUUUUACCCAGAAUGAAGAGUUUGUGAGUCCGAGAUGCUGCACAGAUCCUCAGUUGCAGCGUUGUGAGGCCGUGGCCUGAGACACUGAUGUGCUGGGAGCAGGCUGGGUCUUUAAGGAAGGCUGGCUUGAGAGCUGGGGCAAGGACCCUGGCUGGCUCUUGCUGUCUUGCCUUAGUAGACAGUGCACACCAACAGGAAUGGUUAGGUGCACUCAUAAACGUGGGCUCAUUCUCUGAACAUGCAUAUUAGUUAUUAAUCACCAUUUCUCUGUGGAACCAAAUGCCACGAUAGUGCUGUGGGGUGCACUCCUCCAAUAUGAAUAAAUCCAGCCUUUCCUGAUGCCAGACAGGAGCAGAUUGAGGAAGGACCCUACUUGGUCACAGGCCUGACCUGCGCAUGGAGAAGACGUCUUAUCUUGGAGUGUAGGCUCUCAGGAGGGACAUGUCUUAGAUCUAAAUCUGGGGUAAAGGAACUUUACCCCUUAAUCUUUUAGGUCUCGCCAUGCAGUGUGGUGUGUUCAGGUGGUGUUGAUCUGGAGAGCAGGAUAAGGCCUUAUCUAUGAGGUCCUGCCUGAUACAAGGGGGAGCGUGUACACAAACCAGAUGAAAGAUUCAAGUUCCGGAUUUGAGGCUUUCUAUAAUGCAGUAAUAAUAACCUAAUGCAUUUUAGCUAUAUGGAAUGGUGGCCUUUGAGAAAUGAUGCUGUGGGCAUGGUAGUUCAAUCAGUACAUUGAGGUCUUUCCUUUCUCUCUCCUAUGGCUAAUGGGUUCUGUAAAAAAGGGCCAAUUGAUUUCUUUUUAAAAUGUUGCUUCAGGGGGUGCAGACAUUUAUAGGGCAUGUUUCAACUUACAGAAAAAUUUUGUAGUUCAAAUAUAAAUUACAUUAAACGUGGACUCUGUAAUGGAAUUUAAGGUUAAGUAAUGUUUCGACUUUCCUUAGGCUGUUUCUAGCGUCCUGCUGGUCAGGUCGGGUUGUAAUAAGGAAUACAGUUGGGAGAUGGAAUCAAGUUCGGAUGCAGUCGUACUAGAUUAGAGGAGGCCCUGAAUCCAUCAUCUGGCGUCCUUAGGAGAGAGAAAUGUGCCACAGAAAAUCAAAGACACAGGGGAAGAUGUCCAUGUGACCUUAGAGACAGACUGGAGUGAUGCCACCACAAGCCAAAGAGCACCAAGGACUGCAGGCAAGCACCCGAGGCCCGAUGAAGUGGGAAGGACCCAGGGGAUCCAGGGAGCACGACCCCGCUGACACCUGGCUUUGGACUUCCCGUCUACAGGACAGAACAGACUGCAGUCACCCAAGAGAUGCUCCUGGACUCUCACCACCAGCAGCAGGGCCACCAGGAAGUGAGCGGCUGGCUCCACUAUGGCUCCCAGACUUGAGGACCGCCUCACCACAGGCUCAGAAGCACCAGAGACAGCUGACCUGGAUCCAAGCCUCCCGACGGUGAGCCAAAUUGAACCUUCCCUCCAGCUGAGUUGCUUGUCUCAGGUAUUUUGUCACAGUGCCAGACAGCUGCCUAACAGCCCCUGAGACCAAAGGAUUUUCUGCCUGUUGGUCAGUUCAGCAGAGAUGGACCCACAAACAGCUGCCCGCUCUCUCAAACUGUCUGGUCAGUCAGGCACUCCUCCUGUAAGUAUCCCCAAGUCACUCUGCACCUGUUGGGUCACAAACUUGUGAACCUGGUUUACAGACACUGGGUGUCAGGGGAACGGAGGCCUGGGCGCUGGGCCGCGGUGCUCCGCGGGGAUCUGGGUGCAAGAGGGAUCGGGGUGGCUGAGGUGACAGAGUUACGUUUUACCUGAACAUUGGCACCAACCUGGGCGAGAACCCCCAGGGCUUUCUGACACCUGUUAAGUGACAAAAUGAAGAUGGUGUCUGGCUGCUGUUCUCGUGGGUCCUUUGCACCGUGCCUGGCUGUCUCCCCUGCUUCCAGCAUCAACCAGACCUCGUUGCUGCCGUGACCAUCAUUAGUGAUAGUGAACCAGGCACCUCACUCGCGCCUCUCAGCGAGCGCUGGUUGCACUGUGUUCCUCCGGAGGAUGACGUAGUGCUUAUAUCCGUAACCGUGGGUGGGAGUGUACUUCACAUGCCACGCGGUUCACACAUUCCAGGGGCUCAGCUCAGUGCAUCCCCAGCCUGUGCCUCUGACACCCCGAUCGAUAUUAGAACACUCUCUUCACCCCAAGAAACCCCGUUCCAUCAGGGCUCAUCCGUCACUCCCCCGACCCCCUCUACCUCCAGCUCUGGCCACCAUCACUCUGCUUGCUUUCUCUUAAAUGUGCCUCUUCUGGAUGUUUAUCUAGAGGAGUCAUGACAUGUGGCCUUUGUGUCUGGCUCCUUUCUCUUAGCAUGCUGUUUGCAGGUUCUAUUCACCUCGCAGCCUGCAUCAGUGCUUGCUUCCUUUUCUUAGCUGUGUAAUAUUCUACUGUGUGGACACUUCAUAUUUUCUUACUCAUUCUUCUAUUGGUGCACGUUGGGUCCUUCCUCUGUUGGUGCACGUCCUUCCUUCCUGUUGACAAGUAUCAAUAAUGCUGCUGUGAGCAUUUGUUUUUAUAUGAACAGACUUGCUCAUUUUUUGAUAGGGGCACAUGAGGAUCAGUAGAGUGAUUUGGGGGAAUCUCAUUGGUGAUCUAUGCAAAAGGAUCCAGCAUGAAGUGUUGAGAGCCACAGCCGAAGGGGCCCCAGCAAACUUCCAGCUGCCAGCUGAUGAUUGGCUCACAGCAGCCACGGCAAACUUCUAGCUGCCAACUGAUUGGCUCCUCUGUGGUGAUGCUCAUUGGGCUGUUUCCCCGCCCUUUCAGACCACGGAGAUGCUCAUUGGGGGACUCUUUUUUGGCUCCGCCCACACGACCCAGCCAAUCAGCCUCAAGAGCAGGAGGAGUCGGGGAAGUGGAGAGGCUUGUGGGAAGCCGGUGGUGGCAGUUGGGCUCUGAGGGUUUUUCCCGAGGAGCAGUUUUGUUUGUCGUGUGUGGUUCUAAAAAUAAAGUUCGUUUCCUUUGACAAGUGGCUCCUGAAUUGUGCCCAGCCAGACUGCGGCAUUUGGUGGGCCGCACGGGGAGCGACUGAGGGUAAGUGAUAAGGUAAACUGCUCGCCCCUGAGGGCAGGGCAAGAGGAUGGGUAGCCAUUUUAAGAUUCUUCUUUUGUUUUGUUUCGCUUUUGUUUUAAGUUGCCUGUCCCUGGAGAUGAGUGAGACGGAAGAAAAACCGCUCACAUCUGAGGAACAGAUAGGGAGAAAGGGCAGAUGGACAUUUCAGGAGGAUAGAAAGGCUAUUAUAAUGAUUUUUUGUUGUUCCAAUUUUGUUUCAUUCUGUCUCAGCUUUGUUUGGCGUCAUCUUGUUGGGUUGUAUUAUAGUUAUAGUAGAAAUAUUCAAGUAAAAGGGAAGGUCUCUCGAGCUAGUCAGACAGAGGAAGAAAGUUUAGAGCAGAAAAAGCCAUCAGGGGGAAAGUUACAACAGGAGACUGCUACUAACACCUUUCUAUCACCAGAGGGCGUAAGUGUCCAACCAACAGCGCCACCUCCAUAUGCUGGGAGGCCCCCAACCUCCGUAGUUGAUAGAUGGGAUCCUGAGACAGGACCUCAAAGAUCAGCAUGCUCUGUAUUUGAACAAGCAGGAGGGCAGCGAAUUCACCAUGUUUUAGAUUUCAAAACAGUGAAGCAGCUAAAAGAGGCUGUAACAACCUAUGGUCCUCAAGCACCCUUCACUGUAAACAUGGUCAAAUCCAUUACCAACUUGAACAUGAUGCCAGCAGAUUGGGCUAGUAUGUGUAAAGCUGUGCUAAAUAGAGGGCAAUACCUGUUAUGGAAGGUUGCCAAUGAGGAAUUUUGCACGGAGACAGCUAGGCAAAAUGCAGCAGCUGGUUAUCCUCAGAGAAAUCUAGAUAUGUUGUUAGGAAAGGGACCUUAUGAGGAUCAGCAGCAACAAAUUGCAUAUGAUCCUGCCAUAUACUCACAAAUUGCUGUAGAGGGGGUUAGGGCAUGGAAGACUUUACAAGGACAUGGAGGUUUACAAGGUCAAUUAUCUAAGGUAAUACAAGGAGCUAAUGAACCUUAUGCUGAAUUUGUAGAUAGGCUUAUUCAAACAGCUACCAGAGUUUUUGGGAAUACAGAACAAGCAAUGCCAUUAAUAAAACAACUGGCUUAUGAGCAAGCAAAUUGUUGGUGCAGAGAGGUCAUUAGACCAUGGAAACAUGAAGAUUUAAACACAUAUAUUAAAUUAUGUAGAGACAUUAAUGAACAAGGGCAAGUCGUGGCAGCUGCAGUAAAACAGGUUUUAGAUGCCAGGCCCAAAACAUGCUACAAUUGUGAACAAACAGGACAUUUUAAAAGGAAUUGCCCCAUAGGAGGAGGGUUUAAUAAUACUAGGUAUCAAAGGAGUAGAAUACCGGGUAUUUGCCCACGAUGCCGUAGAGGGAGAACAGCAGCCGAUUUGGAUUCCAGAGAGAUUAACUAAGGUCCUGACCCAGUGAUUGUCUGGAGUCGGCGGUCUGUUUGUGUGUUUCCACAGGGAGACCAGCAGCCUAUUUGGAUUCCAGAGAGACUAACUAGAGCGAUUUCUACAUACCAAAAAGAAGAUGAUUUGGCUCAAAUCCAUAACAGCUGAUAUCCAGAACUCCAGUUUGGCUAUCCUUACAUCUGCGACAGAACCAGGAUGCUUUUUUCAAUAUCUAUUUUAUUAUUACCCUUUCCCACAUCAUGAAGUUCUAUUUUGUUUUUUGAGCUCAUACAGACCUAGGUUAAUGUUUUGCUGAUCAGUUCUAUUUUUUGACUAUAGAGUUUUUAAACAUUGCAGUGGAGAUUUCACCUGUAAAAAGUUAUAAGGCCUUUACUAUUAUGUUAUGUGUUGUAUGUAUUAUAUUAUGUGUGCAUACUUGUGUUUUGUGUUGUAUGUUUGUAUGUACAUAUGUCCAUAUAUCAUAUAUGAUGAGCGCUCAUGAAAAAAUGGAUCCAAAAUUUUUUUUAUUCAUGAUUUAAAUGGUUUAAUUUAAAUUGGGUAAACAGCUGUUGAGGAUUGUUUUAAUAUGUGAACAAAAAAGAAGGUUAACAGAUUUGUUUGUUUACUUUCACCUUUCCUUUUCAUUAUAUUUAAUAAUUAUGUUCAAGAUAAUGUAAAUUGUUCAGAAAAUUGUUUUCUUUUAGUGCCUUCUGGAAUGUUACAUAAUUUUUUCUUUAGCCAUUAUUGCCAGAAUUCCUAUCUUCAUCCCAGUGCUGGUGAAGACAAAGAUAAAACCAAUCUACAGCUUCUGCAAUAGCCAUCACUGAACUGCUUGCAGAACUUGCCUGGACUAUGUAUCACUUGUAUGCAUUGUGAACUCACUUGUAUGCAUUGUGAACUAUCUGUUGGUGCAGCGACUUGUGGUAGUGUUAGGGUAUUUUUGCUGUUGGUGUCAUCGGUGGUACAAUUUUUCCAAAAGGAGCCAUCACUAAACUGCUUGCAGAACUUGCCUGGACUAUGUAUCACUUGUAUGCAUUGUGAACUCACCUGUAUGCAUUGUGAACUAUCUGUUGGUGCAGCGACUUGUGAUAGUGUUAGGGUAUUUUUGCUGUUGGUGUCAUUGGUGGUACAAUUUUUCCAAAAGGAGCCAUCAAUGGCUUGGUGUAUCAUCCUCCCUUCUGCUUGUGAUGGUCGUUCAGCUAAAAUUUGGGGGCCAACAGAGGUGAGUCAAAGAACCUCACCCCCCCGCUGGUACAAAGACCUCUCCACAGGUGUGGCUGUAUGCUGGACCGGUAGUCAAUGAUGGGUAAGAUCCAAUUGCAAUGGUACCAACCUAUGACAGGAGGCUGAUGCCUUGAGGUCAGCUCAUCCGAUAACGGGUAAGGACCAUAUGUACUAUUGGACAACCUAAGGCAGGCACGGUCCCUAAGCCACAUGCUUGUUGUUUAAACAGAGAGGGGGAGAUGUUGAGAGCCACAGCCGAAGGGGCCCCAGCAAACUUCCAGCUGCCAGCUGAUUGGCUCCUCUGUGGUGAUGCUCAUUGGGCUGUUUCCCCGCCCUUUCAGACCACGGAGAUGCUCACUGGGGGACUUUUUUUUGGCUCCGCCCACGUGACCCAGCCAAUUGGCCUCAAGAGCAGGAGGAGGGGGAGAGGUUGAGAGGCUUGUGGGAAGCCGGUGGUGGCAGUUGGGCUCUGAGGGUUUUCCUGAGGAGCUGUGUGGUGUGGUGUGUGGUUCUAAAAAUAAAGUUUGUUUCCUUUGACAAGUGGCUCCUGAAUUGUGCCCAGCCAGACUGCGGCAAUGAAGGCUUGGGGUUAAAACCUCAACCUUACAUUUUACAUUUUAAGUCACUUCUCUCUGGGCUCUGCAUUUUCUUCAUUAAAUUGAAGAGCCUGGGAGCACUUAUUUUUAUCGGGUUUUUGGGAAGACCAAGAUGGAGUAACUCUUGUUAAAUGUUUCUUGUGGAGCCAGGCAGGAUUUUUUAACAAUUUCUUCUUAGU